UCUCUCGCUCUAGAAACGAAAUCUAUCGGGAUCGUCUUCACGCUUCUUUAACCAGAUAGCCUCGAGACACCUUCUAGGGUUUCAGAGCAUCGUCAAUUUCGCUCUUCUCGGCGCCGAUGGUGGAAAUGUGUCCGUCUUCAACAGUCACUAGCACUUAUCUUUUGCAGAUAACCUGGGAUGAGAUUGGUGAAAGCUACAGUGACAGGGAUAAGAUGCUCCUAGAGCUUGAGCAGGAAUGUCUGCAUAUAUACAACAAAAUGUUGGAGGAAAUUCCUAAGUACAGAGCUGAGUUACAGCGUUCAUUAGCUCAAGCUCAAGCUGAGAUUGCCAGCGUCAUGCCUGCACUUGGUGAAAAAGUUUCGUUUCCAAGGAAAGGAGGCUCUCUGAAGGAGCAGAUAUCCACUGUCAAGCCUGUAUCGGAAGAUCUCCUGAUGAAAAAGGAUCUGCCAAGGAAAGAACUCUCUGAGACACUGACUCAAAUCGCAAAGAUCUCUUCUAACGUAGCGGGAAAUGAUUACCCUGUUAGUUCUGGUCCACAAAUUGAUGAAAGUGACUUGACACAAAGAAAGUUGGAUGAACUUAGAGCACAUCUGCAGGUUCUUCGUAAUGAAAAGGCUGUUCGACUGCAGAAAGUAAACUCUUAUAUCAGUGCUGUCCAUGAGUUGUCAGAGAUUAUGUCGUUUGAUUCCUCGAAGGCACUGAGUAGUGUUCAUAGCAGCUUGACCGAGUUUUCAAAGACUCAUUCGAAAAGCAUCAGCAAUGAUACUCUUGCUAGGUUAACAAAACUUGUAAAGUCUCUGAAGGAGGAGAAACAUGAGAGGUUGAUCAAGCUACAAGGUUUGGGGAGAAGCAUGCAAGAGCUGUGGAACCUAAUGGAAACACCUAUGGAUGAGAGGAGAAGAUUUGACCAUUGCAGUGACUUACUUUCUGGUCCAGCUGAUGAUGCCUUGAAAAAGGGAUGUCUCGGUCUGGACAUUAUCCUGGAGGCCGAAGAUGAAGUGAAAAGACUAAAUGCCCUGAAGUCCAGCAAAAUGAGGGAAUUGGUGUUUAAGAGGCAGUGUGAACUAGGAGAGAUCUACAGAGGGAAUCAUACGGACAUCAAUAGUGAUGCUGCAAGAAAGAGUCUUGUCAAGGCAGUGUACUUAAGACACGUUCCUUGCAAUAUAGAUGGAACCAAGGACGAUUCUGGUCUUCUUGUUUCAUCGAGCACGGCAUUCAAACCUGUCAGUUAUUCAAGAAGAACACCUGGGCACAUUUUGGGAAGCAGCAGACAUUCGGGAAAUCUUGAAAGCGAAUGGUCUGAAAGCUCCCUUUCUGGAAAGGAGUGUGACUAUGAUAGUUCAGAAGAAGAGGGCGAAUCUUGUGAAAGCGAAUCUUCUGAAAGCACAUGUUCUGACAGAAAAUUGGGUGAAAGUUGGCUUUCUGAAACGGAAAGUAUUGACAGUGGUCCUUCAGAAGAAGAAGAGGGAAACACUUUCGUAAUGAAAGGAGUCAGGAGGUCACUUGUCUUAAGAAAGCUUACGCGUGAGUUCAGACGUCUGUUAAAAACUGAAAUAGCAGAGACGAUCACCCAGGAGACAGCAGAGAGUCUUCUAGGUAGGAAGAGAUACCGUUAUGUUUUGAAGACAAAACCGAGUAGUUGUCUGCGUCUAUCGGAUAAUGGAACGAUACUGAUCGUCUUUUACGAGACAGAGAAACUGCCUUCAAAAUAUCUUCUGUUGGAAGAAUCUGGAGUUAGACUGAAGAAUGCUCUCGGUUGGAUAUGGGAUCAAGGUCAACACGACGAUUGUUGGACUUUUACUACUAGCGACUUGAUAAGUGCAUCGCUUGUCUUACAUGGUUGGGAAGAAAAGUAUGUGCCGCUUUCUACUGGAUAUCUGUUACAGAAUGUUAAUCCAAAGAAAAAUGCUCUCAGGUUUAUUAACGAGGAAUAUCAUCGAUGUUACGGUGAGGAUCUUGAAUGGGGAUUAGCUUAUGUGAGAAAGUUUGGCAUCCCCAGAGAAAGAAUGGUUGGUUUUGUAUAUGAUUAGAUCCCAGAAGAAAAAUAUGAGUCUAUGAAGAGCCCGUUUACGUCUAACAAAAGAAGACGAAGAAGAGCUCAUAAAAAACUUUGCUUGAUU